AUGCCGCACGCCACAAAGCAUCUUCUCCUCUUGACCGCAUCCCUCGCAUCCCUUGUCAUAGCCCAAGACUACUCUUCCAAGUCAACAUGCAAAUCCUACCCCGGCACCGCUUACUGGCCCUCCGCAGCAACCUGGUCCCGCCUCGGCGAGUCCCUUGGAGGCGGAGGACGACUUCUCCGCCCGUCUCCUCCGGGAGCUGUCUGCCAUCCCGGACAGGCCUCCUACAACGAGACCGCCUGCGCCGACGUCGAGGCCCGGUGGAACUCGUACGAGCUCCACGUCGACGAUCCCGUCUCCGUCGUCUGGAGCAACUUCGCUAAUGACUCCUGCCUUCCUGACCCGGCUUAUUUGUGCAGCGCUGACGGAUACCCUGCGUACGUCGUGAAUGCUACCACGCCGGAGCAUGUCAAGAUUGGUAUCGAUUUCGCGAGGAAGAACAAUGUGAGGCUUGUUGUCAAGAGUACCGUACAUGAUUAUCUGGGUAGAUCGAUUACCCCUGGCUCGCUGUCUAUCUGGGUGCACCACAUGACGGGCAUCGAGUACCAUGCGGAUGAGUUCAAGCUCGCGGGAAGCGAUAUCACCAUCCCGGGGAGCGCAGUGACUGCUGGGGGCGGCACUGAGAUGUACGACCUCUACAAAGCUACCGCCGAACACGGCCAGGCCAUCGUCGGAGGUACCGCCAAGACUGUGAGCGUCGGGGGGUAUGCUACCGGAGGUGGUCACUCGCUGCUCGCGCCAAGGUUCGGGUUGGCUGCGGACAACGUCUUGCAGAUGGAGAUUGUCACGCCCCUGGGCAAGAUCUUGACCCUUAACGAGGCCCAGAACUCUGACCUGUUUUGGGCUAUGCGCGGUGGAGGAGGAUCAACAUUUGGUGUUCUCACCUCCAUCACCUUCGCGACCCACCCGUCGCCCCCAAUCACGCACACGGCGUGGGCGAUGCUCACUGAGCUCAGGUCACCCAUCAUCCCAGAUCUCGCUGCCUACUUCCUUUCGAAUGUCCCCGCUCUCGAGAAGGCCGGCCUCGCGGGCUACGCCCUGAUCAACUCGCACAUGCCGAACCCCGUCAGUUCCCCGGGCCUUCCACCGAAUGCGGCUGGCGUCAUCGGCAUCUCUCUGAUGCAAGAUGACACGGACCGAGAAGAAGUCAACAGGAUCUGGACGUCAAUCAACCAGACUGUUAUGGAACGCUGGCCCAACGUCACUUUUGCCAAGGUUACUACCGAGUAUCCGUCCUGGCUUGACUUUUACGACAAUAAUUAUGACAUGAAUAAAGGGGGCAUCAACAAGCUGCUAGCUUCUCGUUUACUGGACGAGAAGGCAUUGACGGGAGAUCUGGACGCUCUUGCUGGCGCGGUGAAGACGGCCACUGAUAAUGUGGGCGGCAUGUAUGCCUUCUUGGUAUCCGGCAAGGGCGUACACAACGCGAAGCCUAGGGGCGGAAGUGAUGCGGUUCACCCGGCAUGGAGGACUGCCUACAUUCAUGCCAUCGCUGCUGUUGGAUGGACUUCGUUCAAUGAGACGUCCAAGAGCGAGGCCGGGACGAGCAUCUACGACUCGGUCGAAGGGUUCCGACAGUUGGCGCCUGGCGGGGGAUCCUAUUUGAAUGAGGGUCUCUCGUACGAGAAUGACUGGCAACAUACCUUUUGGGGCACUAACUACGAGCGCCUACUCAAGAUCAAGAAGACUGUAGACCCAGACGACGUCUUCUGGUGCCAGCCGUGUGUUGGAAACGAGGGGUGGAAGCAGAGAAGCGAUGGGCGGCUUUGCAGAAUCUAG